AUGGCGAAGCACCACCCCGACUUGAUCAUGUGCAUGAAGCAGCCUGGGAUUGCCAUUGGACGCUUGUGCGAGAAAUGUGAUGGAAAGUGCCCAAUUUGUGACUCGUAUGUCCGGCCAUGCACACUCGUGCGCAUCUGCGAUGAGUGCAACUAUGGGUCAUAUGAGGGUCGCUGUGUCAUCUGCGGAGGCAUUGGUGUUUCAGACGCGUACUACUGCAAGGAAUGCACCUUGCAAGAGAAGGAUAGGGACGGCUGCCCGAAAAUCAUAAACUUGGGAUCGGCAAAGACAGACCUGUUUUAUGAGAGGAAGAAGUACGGGUUCAAGAAACGUUAG